AUGCCUACUGGAGGAGGCAAGUCCUUGUGCUAUGCACUGCCUAGCGUCGUCAACAACAGCAUCACCAUUGUUGUGUCUCCUCUCAUUGCCUUGAUGGAGGAUCAGGUCAGUGCCAUGCAAGCCAAGGGCAUCCGAGCAGAGUAUUUGUCAUCAACAAGGACAGAGUAUGAGAAGCAAGCCAUCUUGGGCAGUCUUAAGUCUGAAGGCAAUUUUCCACAGCUUCUCUAUGUGACGCCAGAAAUGACACAGACAGAAAAGUUCAUGUUUAUUCUCACAUCAAUCUACGCCUCUGGUAGACUUGCACUGUUUGCAAUCGACGAGGCCCACUGCAUCAGCACAUGGGGUCACGACUUUCGUCCAUCAUACAGGAGACUGGCUGCCAUGAGGGACGCAUUUCCUCGGGUGCCGAUAAUGGCCUUGACGGCAACUGCCACCAAGAAGGUGCAGGAUGAAGUUGUCCAAGCCCUCAAGCUGCGCAAUCCCCAAAUCCUGAUUUCUAGCUUCAAUCGUCCAAACAUUCACUAUGAAGUUGUGUACACAGACGUGGAGCAGCAAGACAAGUACAAACUUCUCAUUGAUAUGGUACAGAGGCCGGAUAGCGGCCCCACCUGCACCAUAGUAUACUGCCUGAAGCAGUCCACGACUGCAGAGCUGGCAGCCAGGCUACAGGGUGCAGGCAUUGCAUCAAGGGCCUACCAUGCUGGUUUGCCAGCAGUGGACCGCAGCCGCAUAUUGGAGGAGUUCUUGGAUGGGCGCAUUGUGGUGGUGGCUGCAACUGUUGCUUUUGGAAUGGGGAUCAACAAGGCUGAUGUCCGCAUGGUUGUUCAUUUCAACGUUCCCAAAUCGCUGGACGCCUUGUAUCAGGAAUCGGGCCGUGCAGGUCGAGAUGGGCUUCCAUCGCGCAAUGUCAUCUUCUAUAGUCUUGACGACCGACGGCUCAUAGAAUUUGUUCUGGAGAAGGAAGCCAAGAAAUCAAAAAGAAUUGCAAAUCACACGGAGGAGAGCCGUGUCCAAGCAGCCUUUGGCAAGGUGGUAGACUAUUGCAUGGCGCCGUGCUGCCGGCGCCAUAAACUGCUGGCCCAUUUUGACGAAAUGCUGCAGCCAUCGCGUUGUGGCGGGUGCUGCGACUUCUGCAGAAACCCGGCUGGAGUCCAGUCACGGAUCAAUAGUGUCAGGGAAGUUGCUUUUGAUGCAAAUUUGAGGCGGCAAGGAGGGCAGUGGGCUCGAAUGGAUGAUGAAAGUGAGGAUGGAUAUGCUGGGGACAUGGUAGGAAACCAUGCAGACAUGGAGCUGCAAUGCUCUCAGAGCAGCGAAGAUCGCAUUGCUGAGCCUGGUGAGGAAUUUGCCCAAUCCGUGUCGAAGUCAAGGAUGGUCGGCACAUCAGAUACCAAGUUCUUUGAACGGAUGGAGCGUGCAGAGCAGUCGUUCUAUGCUGCAGAGCCCUCGUCAAAGGGCAGUGCCACCGACAGGUUGUUGUCAAGAAUGCAGACGGCCCCUGCGAGAUCCUCAGUGGGGAAGACAAAACCAGUGGCAUCUGCAGAUAUGAGAGACAAGGCGGUAAAGAAGAUCGCAGAGUAUCUAGAGCAAAAUGUGGCCGUGAAGGUGACAUCUCAGCAGGCCAUCAAGAUGGCCGAAGCCAUGGAGGCAGAGGAGUUUCAAGGGGCCUCAACUGGGACGGUGUACAGGUCCAGCAUAGGGGGCAAACUUCGCAUUGCGUCCCACACGGAAGAUAUGUCAAAGCUGCCAAUGCUAAACACCAUGCAGCUGCGUGAAGAACCACAAGACAGUCCAGGGAACUAA